AUGAAAGAGAGAAGCUUUUGGUCUUUUAAAGGCUGGCUAGGGUUUGUGGUUGGAUUUGCUUUUAUAUUCAACUCAAUCACAUAUGUGGGUGCUUCGAUUCACGAGUAUCGAAACGAACACUUCAUCCAUUUGUCAAGUGCCUUCUCUUUCCAUGGCGGCAGUGAGGGCCUCUACGCUUCCAGGGUUCACAAAUCAUCACCUUCGGAAACCUCUCCGGAUAAACCCAAAGGAAAGUCCUUCAUUUGGUUUGAAAGUGUCACAUUUGUGAGGACGAAAGAAUCCGCUGAUAAAAAAAAUGCAAUGCAGAGUAGGACUGGGUUAAUCGAAGCUAUCAUACUUGAGGUGAAAGACAAAGAAGGGAUUGGAGAUGUGUUUGCAAAAUCUAAUGCGAUAUGUUGCACUCCAAAACUGUCUCAGGACGAAUUCUGCACGGUAGGGGAGGUUAUUAUUCAGAAAAAUCCAGACAACCCUGAGUGGCCAAAACGUAUUCAAACCUUCUUUGAAGGGAAAAAUGAAGAAGCUAAAAUGAUUAGUCAGUCGGUUGAAAUAGAUCAUACUGGUAUGUACUAUCUUUACUUUAUGUUUUGUGAUCCUCAACUCGAGGGCACGGUAAUAAGAGGACAAACAGUGUGGAGGAACCCAGGUGGUUAUUUACCUGGGAAGAUGGCUCCCUUGAUGACUUUCUAUGGAUUUGCAUCCUUAGCUUAUCUUGUGCUUGGUCUAAUCUGGUUUUUGAGGUUUGUCCAAUUCUGGAGGGAUAUCAUUCAGUUGCAUUAUCACAUUACAGCAGUAAUAUCACUUGGAAUGUGUGAAAUGGCUCUCUGGUAUUUUGAAUUUGCAAACCUUAAUGCUACUGGAAGCAGGCCGAUGGGAAUUACAAUGUGGGCAGUAACCACCAGUGCUGUUAAAAAGACUCUGUCUCGCCUUCUACUUUUGGUGGUUUCAAUGGGCUAUGGUGUAGUGAGGCCUACCCUUGGUGGUGCGACAAAAAAAGUACUUGCUCUUGGUGUGAUAUAUUUUGUUGCUUCGGAAGCACUUGAUCUCUUUAAACAUUUGGGAAACAUCAACGACUUCUCUGGAAAAACUCGGUUAUAUUUGGUGCUACCUGUUGCUUUCUUGGAUGCAUGGUUUAUUUUGUGGAUAUUUUCAUCAUUAUCCAAAACAUUGGAGAAACUUCAGGUUGGAUCCUAG